AUUAUUUUCUUGAUUACAAGAAAAUACAAUAUUAAAACAGACAUAUUUUCCUCAAUAAUAUUUAAUAUUUGAUAUUAUAUCGUAUAGGGGAACGUACAUUAAUCUGAGCUUCAUCACAGAUUACAGAUUAUGUAUGAUAUGUAAAGUAUUUAAGAUACUUAUCGUUAUUAUAUUCGAUCUCUAUUUUGGUUACAUUUUAAAUAAAAUCCGAUUAAUCUGAAAAGGUGUCUAUACAGUUUUCAUUUAGUAAAUUUUAAAAGAUCAAAACGGAAUCGAUCCAGAGAUAGUCAUUAUUUUUGCGUGUGCAUGAAUCAAUGUGUAUCACUUUGUACAAAUAUACAUACUUUAUUCAUCGUUUGAAAUAAUAUAAAUUUCGUCCUUGAAUGCUGUUUUUUCCUGUUUUAGAGUUAUAAAUACGAAAAGUAAGUUACAUGAGAGAUAAAGUAAAUUAUUUUAAAUUAUGUGAAAGAUUAAAACACGUACAAUCACGGUAAAAAGUAUUCGUACAGUAAUGAAAUUCAACAAAUUUCAAUCGUUAAAAUAACUUAGGAGUAUAAAAAACAAUCGUUAAAAAAAUUUUAACGAAUAAAGAACGUCUACAUAUCCUUACGAAUCUGCAGAAUAAUUUUCAUGAAAGAAAAGAUGGGAUAUCUAUAUUCUUUGUGAAAAUAUUAACAAAUAUCUAAAAAAUGGCAAACAAUAAUGCGGAAUAAGUAUUCUUACAGUUACGGUUUAAUGGGAAAGACUAAUAAGACUCAUUUAUUACGCAUAUAUUUCUACUAUUUUUUAAAUAUUUGUUAAUAUUUUCACAAAGAAUAUAGAUAUCCCAUCUUUUCUUUCGUGAAAAUUAUUCUGCAGAUUCGUAAGGAUAUGUAGAUAUCAUUUAUUUAUUACAAUUUUCUUAACGAUGUUCUACAAUAUUUUUUGUUGAAAUAAAUUACUGUACGAAUACUUUUUAUGCUAAUUGUAUGUGGAUUUUAUAAGUGCAUACAUUUAAAUGUAUUUAUAUCUGCUUUCAUCAAAUAAAUUCCUUAAUAAAGAGUUCCUUACAUCUUUUGCUGUAACCAAAUAACAGAAAGGUUUCUUCAAUAAGGAAAGUAAAUUUUUUAAUUUAGAAUAAUAAUAGGAUUAAUUAAAUUUAUAACUGCCUUGUUAUCGAAACGUAAUUUCACAAUUAUAUCUAGAAAUAAUUUAUAUAUUUUACCAAUUUGAACAAUUAAGAUAUCGAUUAAACAGAUGCAGACUGACUCUUCUAAAAACAUUUUUAAUUAGAAAUUAUGAACACGUAAUUACGAAUGCAGAACCGAGCAUCACUGACUGUUCAAACAGCGGUACGGUUCGAUUUUUCUGUGGUUAUGGAAGUUAUGGAACUGUAAACAGUUGGUAUAUACACAUGUCUCUGUGUAGAGGUAGACGUCUAAUACUUAUCCAAGCUAGCGCGUAUCUUAUCAUUUACCCAAUCCGUCUUGUAUUUGGCCGACACGUUAAGUUUGCAGUCUGCGAUCGACUCCAAGGCACGAAAGAAACAAAGGAUCGACGCCGCACGCUUGUCAUCCCUAUAGGAAUCGUAACGUGAAAGUGGAAGCAGUAUCUCGAUGAUAAUCGAUAAAAUGUCACGUGGUGAAGCUGAUAGAGGUUGGGCGUGGAUAAUCGUCGCCGCCGUGACAAUCAUUAAUCUGGCGAUACUUCCAAUACAGCAAAGCUUCGGUCUAAUCUUUAGGGAACGUUUCUUUUUACUUGAUAUAACCGCCACACAGACAUCGUUAAUUGUUCAUUUGAAUGGUACCAUUACAAGCAGUCUAGGUCUGAUAAGCGGUCCAAUGAUGAAGAAAUUCACGUUUCGAAAAGUUGCCUUUCUUGGUGGUAUUACUGUUGCCACUGGAAUUUGUGCGACUGCGUUCGCAGUCUCUCUCCCCGCCAUUAUUAUCACUUAUUGUAUUAUCGUCGGUAUCGGUCAUGGUAUCAUGUUUCCAGCCACGAAUCUCGCGAUGAACACUUAUUUUCGGAAAAAACGAAAUGUGGCUAUGGGAUUGUCAGUAACUUUAACUGGCCUUGGGCCUAUUUUGAUGCCACUUCUAAUAGCAAAAUUAUUGGAAAAUUAUGCUACCACUGGGACUCUUUUGAUCAUCGCAGGUAUAGCGAUGCAUUCAUUGAUCGGGGCAGCGCUAUUGAAACCAUUUAAGGAAAGAGAAAUUACAAGUAUAACAAAGGACAAUGACAUCACGGCAUCUUCCGCAGAGAGCAAUGAAAACGGUAUACCGAAAGAAAUCAAAAGAUUAAAAAUUGAAAACGUAACUGAUGUCAAAAACGACGGUGCUAACCUUAAAUUAUUGGAAGAACAAUUGGAACAAAAUACGAGCAAUUUUGAGCAGAAUUUAUCAGAAAAUGUGAAUAGUGAAAAUAGCAAACGAGAGAAGAAGUCGAUUUUGGGAAAAAUAACACAGCAUAUGGAUCUUGACCUUUUAAGGGAUAGUCGUUAUGUCGCCGUCAUCCUAGGUAUGGGAGUGUCUUUAGUCGCUGAAACAAACUUCAACAUGAUGAUUCCUUUCGUCCUGACUGAACUUUCUGGUCUUGAAAGGGAUUCGAUCGCAACUGUAAUGUCUAUCCAAGCUGUGUCAGAUAUUACCGGACGUCUUUGCAUUCCACUCCUUGCGCACAAAGCUGGUUGGACAUCCAGGAACCUUUACGUGUUGUCUUUAAUAGGAUCCACCAUUGGAAGGACCAUAUUAUCAACGUGGGGCAGUACGUACAUUGUGGUAAUCGGCGUUACAUUAAUUAUUGGAAUCGCUAAAGGAACGAAAGCUGUCUUCCAAACGCUAAUAAUUCCUGACUAUGUAUCUCUUGACAGACUUCCAGCUGCAUACGGGAUGCAAAUGGUUUGCAAUGGUAUAUUAUCUAUUGCCAUAGGCCCAUUAAUAGGUUUAGUACAUGACCAAAUGAUGAGCUACGUAGGCGCACUCCAUUUCACAUCAUUUUUAAGUUUAUCUUGUGUUGUUUUAUGGUACAUGGGAGGACUUUGGACAUUUAAUAAAAGCAUUAAAAAACAUGGCGCAAAAGAAGAAAUGUCUCAAAUACAAGAAAAUUGCCCUGAAUGUAAUGUAUAAGCAUUUACAACAAAAUUUAACAGAUGAAAUAUUUAGUAUAGUAUUAAUAAAAUAAAAUGGUUAAGUAUCUCCCACGAAUAUAAUGCAAAAUUUAGGCUUCGUGAUUUCAAAGCAUAAUAUGGAACAUUGGAAUCGGAAUAAUAUUGCAAGGAUUAAAAAGAGAAUGUAUUAGUAUUAAAAGUUUAUGUUCAACGACGUGCUAUUUAAUGUUAAGUUAUUAAAUCAAGCUAUAUACGACUGAUUCUCAUAUAAUGUUAAAGACUCCUCGAGUGAUGAAAAACUUAAAUUAUUUAUAAGUAUAUAUUUGUAUAAUAUAGUUUUAUGGUAUAUUACAGUUUUUUAAUAAAGCCAUAUAAGAGACAAAUAGAUUAACUCUGUUAGAAUUUCUCGUUUGAUUUCUGAAAAAUUGGACGUUAUCCAUCUGAUAAAAUCUAAUACUAAAAUUGAAGAUCUUUCGGAAAACCAUGUUUAUCAGUUUGUCUUUUGGAUGACUGAAUUAAUAAUAUCACAUAAUGUUGUCAUAAAAUAGUUAUUUUAUUUUGCUAUCAAAUUUUAUGCUGUACGGUGCCACGUAAAAACUUAAAAGAAAAAGAAAAAUAAACAGUACAAUGUUUGUAAAUACACUAUA